AUGACAAAUUUAUACGAGUAUAAACAUCCCAUCAUAAAUAAAUACCUGGCUACAGGCUCAGAGGACGGAACUGGUAGGAAGUUUCCUACUUUGGAGGCUUGGUACAAUGUCGUUAAUGACUACGAAUUCCAAGCUAGAUGCCCAAUUAUUUUAAAAAAUUCACACAGAAAUAAGCAUUUCACUUUUGCUUGCCAUUUAAAGACUUGUAAAUUUAAAAUUUUAGUUAGUUACUGUGGUAAUAACAGUAACAACAACAACAACAACAACAAUAACAACAACAACACCUCCCACUCAAACCAAAAUAUUGGCACCGGUACUGGUACUGGCACCGAUUCAAACAACAACAACAAUAUAGAUUUCCAAUCUCAAUUGGACGGUUUGAAUGUCGUACAGAACUUACACCACCAACAUCAAGUAGGCGAUGAAGACGACGAAGACGACGUAACUAAAAAUGUUAUUGUAGAUGUUAAAGAUGAAAAUAUAGACCACAAUGGCAACUCCAAUAAUAUUAAUGACAACAGAACUAAUAGUAAUGAAAUUAAAAAAGAUACUAACAACAGUAACAAUGACGAAAACGUAGAGGAUGAAAAUGAAAAUGAUAGUAGAGAUCACAACGACGAAAAACCUACUACUAAUACAACUACUUCAACUUCCACCGCCUCCACUAAAUAUGAAGAUUCAGGUGCUGCUGAAGAUGAUGACGUUAGUGCUGCUAUCGCCGCCGCUGUCGCCGCAGUACACGAUUCUGCCACUGCUGUUGCCACAAUAGAUGAAAGCAAAUCAGCUACAAGUAACAACACAUCUCCAAACUCAACUACAAACUCAUCAAACGACAACCAUCAAUUGAGUAUCAAUGGCAACUCUUCUCAAUUCCAUGAUGAUCACUCAAACGUUUUAGCUCAUGCUAUGGAAGAUGAUCAAAAAUCAGACCAUACUUUAAGAGGCCCAUUUAUGGUAACUAAAAUCGAUCCUUACCAUAAUCAUCCUCUAGAAUCAAAUUUAACCUUGGCAAAAUUCGUAUUGACUAAAAUACCAAGAAUUUUGCAACAUGAUUUGAAUUUCGACCAAAUCUUACAAGAUUUGUGUAAUGAAGAAGACAACACCGUUGCUAAAUUUAGGGUCUCUCAAUACGUAGAGGAAUCCGGUAUUCAAGAUAUCUUGAAAGAACGUUAUGGUUUAACCGAUGUCGAUUUAGAUAAGAAGUUAAUAGCCCAAAUCGCAAGACGCGUCACUACUUACAAGGCAAGAUUCGUCCUAAAGAAGAAGAAAAACGGAGACUAUGGCAUUCCAGGUGCAGAGAACGUCUUGAUUAAUAAUCAUCCUCAACCUCGUUAUUCAAGAGCAGCUAAUAUCGAAACUAAUUUGCCUCCAAAUGUCGAACCUACUUCUACUGGUAACGAUAAUCAACUAUCUGUUUUGGAAGAAGAAAGACAAUUACAUUCCGCCUUCUCUGAAGUCAGAGAAGCACAAGCAGCUGCAAGAGCAGCUAUGGGUGAUGUUUCAGAUUUCAAAAGACCAAUUCAAAUGGUUGAACAAUCAAUUGAUGAGGAUGAUAACCAAGAUGAGGAAGAUACUCCAAGAAAACGUAGCAGAAAUGAUUUAUUGAAAUUAAAUCAAAUGAAUUCAAUGGUGAACGAUGACGGUAACUUAGUUUCUCUAGAAGAUGCAGCUGAUGACAAACUACCACAUGAAGUUGCAGAACAAUUAAGAUUGUUAUCUUCUCAUUUCAAAGAAGUUGAAGCUCAACAGCAAAAUGAUGAAAAUGCAAAUAAAAUCAUUAAAGAUGAUAUACCCGAUGAAAAUAUCCAACCUGAAUUAAGAGGACAAUAG